AUGCCCGAUUCAUUGAGCUUGCAGAACAAAGUUGCAAUUGUGACUGGCUCCGGCCGUGAGAAUGGCAUCGGCGCCGGAAUCGCUCUCGCUCUCGCUCGCAAUGGCGCAUCCGUUGUCGUUCAUUAUGUUUCAGACUCGGUAGAACAUCGUGCAAGUCAAGUGUGUGAGACGCUACGUGAAGCCGGAGGUCAAGCUAUUGCCGUGCAGGCGGCUCUCGAUACGAUCGAAGGUGCCCAUCACCUCGUCAGCAAGACCCUCGAAGGCUUGGAUACCAAUCACAUUGAUAUCUUAGUCAACAACGCCGGCAUUGCUUACUUUUCCGCCAUCACGGAGGACCUGGAGGUGAAACAGUUGGCUGAUGUAUUUCACGUCAAUGUGCUUGGUCCGUUUUACAUGGUACAUGCGGUUCUUCCACAUAUGCCUCGCGGCGGCCGCAUCAUCAAUAUUAGCUCAACAAAUUCCAAGAGAGGAAACGUCAAUGUCUCUACAUAUGCGGCGUCCAAGGCAGCUCUGGACAGCCUGACCUGGACCUGGGCUGGUGAGCUUGGCCGGACCAGAGGCAUCACCGUCAACUCCAUCGCGCCCGGCCCCGUGCUGACCGACCUCUACCCUAAAGGCCACGAGCAAGCGCUUAUGGAGACCGAGAUUGCGCUGACAAGAGCCGAAGACCGAGCCGGGACGCCGGCUGAUAUCGGCGACGCUGUUUUACUGCUGGUGAAUGAAAGGGCGAGAUGGAUUACCGGCCAGUAUAUUUCUCUAUUUCUCGAAGCCGAGUUCCAUCGCGGGAUGCACGCAUGUAUACACUUCAUCUACAACUCGAAAGACGCCUCGUGCCGGCCUCGAGAUACCAACCUUGGCAUUGAGGCCUCUCUCGACGACUACCCCCUCCCGUUGAUGCGCAAGGAUGCGGCCGAGCGACUGAUCAUUGUCGUCCGCCGGCUCCUGCAACAGGCGAACCCGCAUGCCGCCCUGAGCAUCUACACCGUGCUCAUUGGGUGGUACACCCUCGACGAGGUGAACUCGGGAGAGCUGCUGGCCGAGAUCCUCGACCACGGCAGCGUCCCCGACAGCCUGCUCGCCGCACGCGUGUACAUUGAGAACGCCAAAGCCGUCGCCCGUCGCGAAACCUUCGAGGUGGCGCGGAUCCUCAUCUCCGAGGCGAAGAGCGCCGUCGCGCACCUCGGCGAGCGCAGCGCCCGCGCCGACGAGCUGCGGCUCCUCGACGCCCAGAUGGCCUUCAUCGCGCUCGGCGGCCUGGACGCGCUGUCCGGCCCGCUGGCCUCGGCCGUCAUCGAGGGCGAGUACGCGGCCAUGGUGCGUGACUUCACGCUCACCGCGCACUACAACCUCGCCGCCCGGGCCGUGACCGAGUACAUGGCCUGCACCGACUACAUCCGGCGGCCGACGCGCGUCGACGAGAUCUUGGCGCUGUCGGACGCGCUGGGCGCGGCGAGCGGCAACGCGGCGUACAUGUGGACGACGCGCCUGAUCGCGCUCGGCAGCGCGCCGCUGCAGGGCCAGGUCGCGCUCGGCCGCCAGGGCGUCUGGUGCCAGGCGUACCUCGAGCGGUACGCGGAGGCGGGCGCGUGGGAGGUGGCUCGAAGGUACGCGCUGUACUACAGCAUGUACUAUCACAAGGUCGGCGACUGGACGCGGCAGCUGCAGUGGUCCGUGGCCGCGCAGGAGCUGGAUGCCAAGAUCACCAACGACCCGCGGACGAGGCUGUCUGGCAUGUACCAGAUCUUCACCGUCAUGAUCCAGCGGCUGCAGAACCUGCCGGCUCCGGACGAUGACGAGGAGGAGGAGGAGGAGGAUGACGAGCUCGAGAUGGUGCAGCAGUAUGGCAUAGACGGCUUCGAGGCCUGCGAGGAGGCUGGCUUCAAAGAACUGGCUCACAGCUUCCUGGACAAGCUGUCCCACGUCGGCAUCGUCCCGGAGGCGCUCCUCGUCACGUCGUCGCAGGAGAGCGCGGCGCUGGCCGUGGCGCCGCUGGGCGAGCCCAAGAACAUGGAUGCCGACGAGCUGCUCGCGCUGUACAUGAAGCAGCGCGACCUGCUUGACCGACUGCUCGGGUACGACUGCGUUGAUCAGGCGUUUGAGCUGCACGACCAGCUAACCGCCCACCUGGAGCCCAUCUUCGAGGUGCUCCGGCACGGCACCGACCUGAAGCUGCGCGCGGGGGACUACGCGGCCGUGCAGAAUGCCAUGGACGUGCGGCUCUCCAAGGGCGUGCUGCGCGCCGACGCGGCGCGAGGUACCAACCACGACUAUCGCGAGCGCGCCCUGGCCAUCGUGCAGGCGGCGGCGGCCCGGAGCGGCGAGACGGGCCAGCUGGAGACACGGCGCGAGGCUCUGCUGGUGGCCGCGCAGUGGGCGUUCCGGAUGAAGGAACCGGGAUGGGGCCGGGUGGUGGUGGACCUGCUGCGACAAGCGGACGAUUGCAUGGAUGCGUCCCGGCGACACGUCACGGCGGCGUCGAGGCUGGAUGCGCUGGACCAGAAGCAGCACCUGGUGGCGAGCUACGGCCGCAGCGACGUCUACGUGUUCGGGUACAUGGUGAUGACGGCGCUCAAGGACACGGGCAGUGAGUCUCUGGCGUUGAUGAGCCCGGAGGACAGCGUCUCGGCGGAGGACGUCUGGACGUGGAUGCAGCGUGGCAAGGGCCGGAGCAUCAUGGACAUGCUCGAGGCUGCGGAGGAGCCGGCGCCCCCGGCUGCCGAUACCAGUAGCCCGGAUGACAAGGCACCGCCGUCGGACAAGGCGCCGCUCGCUGCCGAGUUCGACAUUGGCAUUUCCCUGCACGACGUGCAGUCCAUGGCCAGCGACUACGCCAUGAGCAAGACACCAGACACCGGCUCCUCCAUGAUCAUGGCCGACUGGUUCCUGACCAGCUCCCACAUCGACAUGGUCGUCGUCGACGCCGCCGGCCAGGUACACGUCGAGACGCUCGACUUCACCCUCGAAAACGCCAUGAAGAGCCUGCUGCGCCAGCCGUUCCGGCUACGCGGCGCCGCCGACGUCAAGUCUUGGCGGGAGGCGUACCUAGGCCGGCCCGAGUUCCUCGGCGAGCUGCUGACCGCGGAGGCGCUCGCCGAGCUCGACUGGCUGGUCGAGCCGCUGGCGCAUCACAGCAAGCCCGGUGACCUCCUGGUGCUCUGCCCGUCCGGCGCGCUGCACGGCUUGCCGCUGCACGCGCUGCCCGUAGACGGCCGGCCGCUGGUGGAGCGCAACCCGAUCAUAUACACGACGUCGCUAUCGCUGCUGUUCCGCUGCUACCAGAGCGCGAGCCGGCGCGAGGCGACGGCGCCACCCACGGCCGCAGUCUUUGGCGUCUACGGCAAGGCGGGCCGGGAGAAUGACGCAGGUUCCGGCGGCAAGUCUGACGAGGAGCGGCGAGUGGAGGAGACGCUCGAGUCCGUCUCAGGGCUGCUGCGCACCGAAGUGGACUACGACGUCUCGCCGGACGCCUUCGUGGACCGGUGCCGGGACCGACACCUCAUCCACUACCACGGGCACGCCGUCCUCGGCAAGGCGAGAAGCAAGCACGACGCGCGCUUCGGACAGUCGCUCCUCCUCGCCGGGCACCGCCGCCGCUCAUCGUCACCUUCACCUCCCGAGUCAGACGCGCUGCUGCAGUGGGACGACUCCAUCGACGACGCCCUGCUCCUCUCCGGCUCCGACACACCCGGGGGGCCGCCCCGCGCCGCCCGGCUCAGCGCCCGCGACAUGAUGACGCGCCUGACGCUUCCCGCCGCCCACGUCACGCUCAUCGCGUGCAGCUCGGCCUCGCAGGACUUCUCCGCGGGCGACGAGCCGCAGGGCCUGAUCCCCGUGCUGAUGCUGUGCGGCGCCACGUCGGUCCUCGGCACGCUGUGGCCGAUCCUCAGCGCCGACGGGCGCGCUUUCUCCGAGUGCUUCUACGCGGCGGCGUUCGGCAGCGAGAAGAUGCGGCCCGGCGAGGUGGUCAACCUGGCGCGCGCGGUGCAGCGGAGCGUGCUGGCGAUGAGGGCGAGGCGGCCGGAGCCGAUUCAUUGGGCGGGUUUCGUGCUGCACGGGGCGUGGUUUCAUAAGUGCUGA